UCCUCUGGUGGCUUCUAGGUGGAGUCUAAGGUCCCUGGCUGGAUUGAGCGGGUCCUUGGUAUUAAGCAAGAGGAGGUGCAGGCCCAGCUUCAUGACCUGGAACACAGAAUCGUGAGUCAUGUGGCCCAAGAGUGGCCCAAGUCUGUGAGCAAAGCUGCUGCCAUCUUAAGACUGAGCCUUCUGAAGGAAGGAAUGACCACCGGCGUGACGAAGGAGGAAGUGAACCAGAUCAUAAAGCAGGCCCUGAAAGAACACAGUGAAGAUCGAAUCGGGCUUGUGGAUUAUGCCCUGGAGUCCUCAGGAGCCAGCAUUGUCAGUAGCGGCUCGUCAGAGACAUACGGCAUCAGGACGGAGUGGUCUGCCCAUUUCACUCUGUUGGGCAUCCCAUUGUGGCGCUAUUUCCAGUCGCCAAGAGUCAUCCUCCAGCCAGAUGUCUACCCUGGCAACUGCUGGGCAUUCCGGGGCCCGCGGGGCUUUGUCGUGGUGCGCUUGUCUGCUCGGAUCCAGCUCACUGCCAUCACUUUGGAGCACGUGCCCAAAGCCCUGUCCCCAAACAGUGACAUCCCCAGUGCCCCAAAGGACUUUGUCAUCUUGGGUCUCAAUGAAGAUUCCCAGAUGGAGGGGGUUGCCCUGGGGCAGUUCACCUAUGAGAAUGCUGGGGAGGCCAUUCAGACCUUCCCCUUUCAGGGCAACGGCACAGCUCCAUACCAACUGGUAGAGCUUCGAGUAUUGAGUAACUGGGGUCACCCGGACUAUACCUGCAUUUACCGUUUCCGGGUCCAUGGCAAGCCUGCCAAUUAGCACCUCCCUCCGGGAUCCCUUCACCCUUUCCUCCUUCCACCACCAGCAAGCAGCUCCCCCACCUCCUCCUCCCUCCCCCAGGCUCAUUCCCUUCUGGCCGCUGAGACAUCUGGGAGAGAGACAUCUGGAAGGUGGGAGCCCACCUCCGUGGAGCCAUCUUGUCCCACCCAGGCCUCUCUGAUAUGGACUAGACCACCAGCUGAGCGAUUUCUCUUUCAAUCCCCAUCAUCUGCAGGGUCAGGUUGCCCAGCUUCCUGCCAGGCCCUGCCCACCUCCAAGAGGUGUAGAAAUAGUUUUCUAUCAUGUGUUGGGGGUGUGGUAGGGACUAAUGAAGACCUUGCUAUGCUCAGCAGCAGUCCCACAGAAACACAGCUUACACCAACUUGGCUCUAGGGCAAUGACAAAUUGGGCAGCUGCAAAGGGCACACUGGUAGCCAGUCUGACAUGGGCAUGCUCCAGUAGGUGGCUAAUGCCACUCUCCAGGGGAACUUGCGUGAUUCUCUUCACCAUCGGCCAUGAUGGGUGCCGUCUUUGAAAUGGGAAGUAACUGGGAAUGACCACACUUGUCUUGGCUUUUGAUUCUGACAAGACCAGCAGCCUGGAUUUGCGCUGUCUCCUUUGGGACCAUCAGCGAAUGUGCUUGUGGCUAUGCUGAGCAGGAGACUGGCCGGGAUCCUGUUGAUAUUGGCCCUUGCCUUGCCCUGUCUAGGGCUGGUGUUGAGCUGAUGCUGCCCUGUAUCCCUGGGGCAGACGUGACAUGGCCCAGGUGCCUCUGCGGGGAAACAGGCCAUUGGAGACUCAUCAGACUCUUGCUCUGCACUUGGAUUCUAGUUCCUUUUGGGACAUGUUAUCACAUGGGCAGGUGUUAAGUUGAUUGGGAUAGGGUGGGGGAGGGGCUUAUUGGAGUUAAGGCUGGGAUGGGAGAGGGAGGGCACAUUUUUUGGGCCUCCUGGCCAUUGUAUUAUGUAGAUAAAGAUGUUUGUAUUUAUCUAGAGAUCUAUUUCAUGCUUCUUUUACAUCAGAUAGAAAAGCUAAGGGCUACAUUCUUGGGUGCCUCCCCAGGUCCCCAGGGUGAUAGUCACUGCAGCUUCAGCUUGGACGUGGGGGGCUGGCCAUGAAAUACUGAUGGCCACAGAGAUAUCGCUGUCCUUUCUGCCUCUUACCAUCAGGGGGGAAGGCAGCAGUUCAUACCACAGGGCUGGUCACUGCCUCCAGAAGGCAGCAGGGGCGACCCACUCUUCUGCAGGUUUCAAGGGCCAGCAGCAGCAAGUUCUGGGCUGACCCCAGCUGCCCCUCAGCCCAAUCUGACAACCAUAUAACAGAAUGACUUUUGCCUUUCAACAGUCAUGAUACCGGACAUUCUGGAGAGCCUCGGCUCUAUCUUACUACAUAUAGGAUAACAUGUAGUAGCUUUCAGCCCCCAAAUUUUAGGUUAUCAAUGCUGGCCCUGCAUUCAUGUGUGUGUAUGUUUUAUAUGUGUGGGUCAGGUUUCUUGGUAUAUACACUUUAUCUGGCUUAUUUCAAUAUCAAUAAUAAUUCAAAGAGUAAAGAAAUUGUUUAUUUAA